CUGUCCGAGUUUUAUUUUCAAAAUAUGUUAAGAAAAUAAGUUUUACAAGCUCUAGAGUAAAAAGUUAAAUAGCUAUCAACUUCCCAAGAAAAUCCUCUUACAACCACUUGAAGAAGAAAAAACUUUCAAGUUAGUUUUUAUGACUGUUUUUCAAGAUUUGAAUAGAUAAGUUCGAAGAGAAAUCCAACACAAAGUAGUUCCCAGCUUAAAAGAAAACCAAAUACUUUGGUAAACAAACUGGAUGGUUAUGGAAAAGGAUGGACAACGCUGCUGCAAAUAAGAACCACAUACAGUGUCUGACAUGGCUGGACCAGAGUGGCUGGUCCUCAGCCUCAUCUCAAGGACUUUCUGUUAACCUGCAAAGCAACCCUCAAAAUCUCACUCUGGGCUCUACCUCUGAUCAAAGACCGUUGUUUGGCCUUCUGGAGACGUCCCAUCAGAGCUCCGUAAGCAAUCUGAACAGCUCAACUUCCAGAAACAACAGCCUCCUAAAGGCUGCCAACAUGACCAGCAUGUUUUCGUCCAACUCAAUUUUUCAUGGCUCCGCAAUCAGCACUGCUUCUCAUGGGACGAACUUUGCUUCACCAUCUCCUUACACGUCUUCAGGUUUGGCAGCAUCAAGCCAAAUGAAAACCAUCCCUCAACUUUCCCAACAAAAUCAGGGUCUGCAGGCCUGUGGGGCUCAGAAUGUACAUCCUCAGCCCCCCAAUUACAAAAUGUUUCAGACUCCGGUACCUGGUCAUGGCUUAGCACACGGACUUCAAGAUCAGUCCUUUGGUCUUUCAUCAUGUGGACAAAAUGUGAACAUGCCUCAAGCGACGUUCGGAGGACAAAGUAACGACAAUAGAUACCCGAACAGUUUUAGUUCACUUACUUCCAUGGAGCAGCCUCAGUGGGUUCCUUCAUCCAGCAGUGGAGGUGCAGUCUCAUUUGUCCCCGCUAAUGUCAACAAGGCGCCAUCUCUGGAGAAAGGUUUUCCUCCUGCCACUGACGGCAACAAAAGGCGAUCCUCAAUUUUAAAUCAGCGUGCCCAGCUUCUCAAACAACUGGAAAACCUCAAUAAACUUCUCGAAUCGUUGCCUUCAGAUGACAGCAAUGAAGGGGAGCCUUCAAAUGCUGAUGCUCAGACCUGGAAUGAGAACGAAGAGGCAGAGCAGUGUCGGCCUGCAGGUAAUUGUUCCCCACCGUCGGUCUGCAAUGAGCCACGUUUGUCUGGAACUCUAGCAUCACCACAGUCACCAGCUGAGUCCAGGGAAGUGGACUCAGAUUAUGCUCCUCAGAGCGAAGUCAGUUUUUCAGAUUCCCAAUCUGAUAGCGGCUCUUUGGAUUAUCUCAGUCGGAGCAAUACAGCAAGUCCCACAAACAACAUUGUGAAAGAAGAGGAAAUAUCAGAGGACACUUUGUCUGAGGAAGAAUAUGCCAGUUCUUCAAAAAAGACCUUAAGAAAUGUCAAGAAAAAGAAGAAGUCUGGAAUGGUGGUGGUUCAAACAAUCAAAAGAACUGCAAAAAGUCAUAACAGUAAGCUAAAUUACUGUCUGUUCUGUGGGAGACCCCUGACCAAAAUGGCAAGGCACCUCACAGGAGUCCAUGGCGACCAGGUUGAGGUCGCGGUCGCAUUGCAGUAUCCUGCUAAUUCAAAGGAAAGGAAAAAUAUAUGGCAAAAGCUAAUCAACAACGGGAACUUUAAACACAACAAAGAUGUUUUAAAAACGGGGAAGGGACAACUCGCUGUACGAGUUAGAUCCAGUAUUCCCAGUAAUGCUACGGAUUAUGUUCACUGUAUUUACUGUUAUGGUCUCAUUCGUAAGCAGCGUAUGCACAUUCAUAUGAAAAGAUGCACCCAAAAAAUCAAGAAAGAAGACAAUCCGCAGGAGGGACGAAAGAGGAUCAUAUCACAAUGUGCUCUUUUGACUAAAAACUGUGAGGGUGUUAGUGAGGAUUUCAAGAAUCUCCUUGGCAAGAUGGUGUAUGACAAUGUGACAGAAACUGUCAUGGAAAACAGGAUUAUGUUACAGUUUGGAGAGCAGAUGUUUGAGGAGCAGAUGUUAAAUAAGAACACUCAAGAUCUAAAGAAGCAGGAGUAUGUCAGGCAAAACCUUCGACAUGUUGCAAGACUUCUACUUGAGGCUCAAAAGUCAACCCCGAUGCAGAGUUUGGAGGACUUUUUUAAGCCUUCGAACUUUAAACAUUUGGUGUUUGCUGUGAGGGUGCUGACCGGGUAUGACCCGGAAAAAAAACUCUACGCCAGAGCAUCACUGGCCCUCAGACUCGGAUACCACCUUAAGAAAAUCUGCGGCAUCAUUGAGCGCAAUGCCCAGAGUUGUGGCGAUACUAAAGCCGUGAAGUCUUGUCAAAUUUUCCUCUCCUUGUAUCACAAAAAAUGGACAAAGCAGAUAACCUCCUGUGCGUUAUCGAAUAUCAAAGACAUUAAGAGGGAAAAAGCAAAUGAGGUGCCAUCUGUUCAAGACGUGAAACGUCUGCAUUACUACCUGGAGACAGUUCAUCAGGCGGCAGACAAGAAGCUUCGUGAGAACGUCUGUCCAGAGAACUUUGCAGCUCUGGCCAAGGUGGUUCUGGCCCGGACGAUAGUUUUUAACAGGAGACUUCCUGGAGAGGUCUCAUCGCUUACAGUUGAGGCUUUCCAGUCACGGAUACGUUCGAAUGUUUGCGACGACAUGGACUUGUCUGUCUCAAAGCUGGAAAAGAAACUCUGUUGUUUGUUCAGUAGGAUUAACAUCAGGGGGAGCUGUGGCAGAGUUGUACCCAUUAUUCUAAAGCCCUCACUUGAGUCGUCCUUGGAGCUUCUGAUAGAGGUCCGGGAAGCCUGCAGGAUUCUAAGCACAAACCAAUACUUGUUUCCUCGACAACUAGCACCAACACCCCAUAAAGGGACGUUCUGUGUCCAGAUACAUGCCAAAAAAUGCGGCGCAGAGGACCCUUCGACACUUCGAGUGCUAAAACUCAGGAGGCAUUUUGCAACUUUACUUCAACUGAUUAACCUGGACGAUGAGGAGAUCAGACAAGUUUUAGGCCCCAACAGUGACAUCCAAGCGCUGCGGCAAAUCAACGACACAAUGUGUGAUGAUUCCCUACUGGAAUCUGGAGGACCACUGCAGUUUUUUCAACAACGCAGAGGAUCGGCUAGCUGCAGUUUGGCUGACGCAGAAAAAAAACGAAGAGAAGGAUUCCACAGCAAAGCCAAACUUCCAUGGAACAAAGGAGAGGCUGAAGCCGUAGAAAAACACUUGAUGACUUUUAUUGAGAAGCAUAAAAUACCACAAAAAAAAGACUGUUUUCGGUGCCUAGAGGCUGAGCCAGAAGCACUGAGGAAACGUUCCUGGAGGGGCGUGAAGGACUAUGUCAGAAACCGGAUCACAGCUCUGCAAAGACGAGCUGGUCUGUCUAAAAAAACAGCAAAUUCAAGAACUGACACCAGCAAGCAUAUACCAAAGCAGAGUUCUGGUAACGCAAACAAAUCACCACCAAAGCUUUCAGAUGGAGAGAAGAAAACCAGAGAGAAUCCCAGUACAGGUCCCAGUUCAGGAUCUGGUCCCAGUUCAGGAUUUGGUCCUUCAGUGUUUCAUAAAGAAAAAGGGUCAGACUUGCGUCACAAAGCCAAGCCGAAAUGGGACAGGGCAGAGGUCCAUGCCGUAGAGAAGCAUCUGAUGCGUUUUAUUGUAGAACACAAGCUACCCCAAAAAGACGACUGUGUCCGAUGCGUGGAGGCCGAGCCGCAUGCGCUGAGGAACCGAACCUGGAGAGGAGUCAAGGAUUAUGUCAGGAAUAGGAUCACUGCUCUGCAGAGACAGAGCGGCUUCUCCAAAGAUCAGUCAAAGACCAAGAGCCAGCUGAGGCAGGGGGCAUCACAGAGCUCUGGAACAUUCCAAUCUCCAAACGGACAGGAAGCAGUUUUGCAGCACUACAACUUAUUCCCCAGUUGCAGCUUUGGUCCAUCAAAUCUUUAUCAACCUCUAAAUAAUGGAGUAACCUCAAGCUACAUCAUGAAUGCUCCUCCCAAGUCUAGUAGUUCAAAAGAAAAAGCCCCUGCAGGUACGCAUCCGAAAUCCAAACGUACGUGGAACGAAGCAGAGGUCUCGGCCGUGGAAAAACACUUGCUGAGUUUUAUCACAAAACAAAAACUGCCUCACAAAGACGACUGUGUUCGUUGCCUAGAGGCUGAGCCGCAUGCUCUGGAGAACCGCUCCUGGAAAGGUGUGAAGGACUACGUCAGGAACAGAAUCACUUCCCUACAAAGGCAGAGCGGCAUUUUAAGGACUGCUCCGAAAAGCAACCGAUCCAGGAAAGACGAACCACAGCAGAGUUCUGGACAUUACCACCAGCUGUAAUCGUCCAAAACCUUUUGUUCUGUGAACAUUUGUUUCUAUGUUCCAUUCUUGUUGGCUCAAUGCAUACUAAUGUUGAUGUUUGUGUAGCUUCUGUAUGUAAUUCACCCCAGCUUGUUUGACCCCUCCAAUUAGAAAGGCUGAAAUAAAAGACUGAAUAAUUGCUCCAACCUGGGGUUUCCACAUCCAGUUCUCGUUAGCUACUCUCCUGCAACGUUCAAAUUAUUAUUUGCAGAUGUUUAGUAAAGUACAGAAUAAUUUCAGUUUCUAAAACAUAAGUUUAAAGUUGUUUUUAUAUACCGCACUGUUGAGUGGUGCUGUUUGACUAACUUAACUGUAUUUGAUUUUGUUUUACGUAAAAAAUCCAGAUUGUAAAAGAGUUUCUGAACUAAAAGUCACUAUUAUUCCAGAAAGUUACCCGAAGUCACUUUAUGUUAUAAACGGCAUGAGCCAGAUGAGUUUGAUUGCUGUUUUCACUAUAAAUAUUUUUAGUGGGUAUGUUUUUAUACAGCAGUUGUGUAAUUAAAUGUUCACUGUUGUGUAUGAA